AACAAACAACAUAGAACAUCCAUUGAGGAGGAAACAUUCUAGUUCUUAUUUUUAUCGAACCGAGCCAAGAAAGAUCAUGUCUACCACAGAGCAACAUUUCAAGGCAGGAGAAUCCCAUGGCCAGGGCCAGGCAACGGCUGAGGAGUGGAUGCAAUCCACAAAGGAUGCAGCCAAUGCAACAAAAGACAAGACCGCUGAUGCAACUCAAUCAGCCACGGAAUCUGCCCAACAUGGGAAGGACAAAAGUGCUAGCUUCAUCCAGCAGAAAGGAGAACAGAUGAAACACAUGGCUCAGGGCGCUGUAGACAGCGUGAAGAGCACACUCGGAGUGGGUGACAAGUAAUGUUGAUAAUAGAAGAUCCAACAUCUACAUAUCAUAGUUCGUUGUUGUGAUAGUAUAUCGUUUAAGAUUCUGGGUGGCUUGUAAUAAAGCUUCUUCUUUUUAGUUUUUCAUUUGUUUUCCUUUUCGAUUCAUAUAUAGCCAUAGCGGGAGAUGUAAUAAAGGCUUAAUUACAAUAUUAAUGCAAAUAAGAAGCUUUAAUUU